CUCUCUCUACUUGUAUCACUGGCUCCUUUAUCUCUCUACAUCGAAAAACCGCCUCUCUUUUUUUUACGCAUUGUUUUGCUCCCAAAUUUGUUUGUUUUAAGAACUAUAAAGAACCCAACUUUUUUCGCUGUACUCUCUCUCUCACUAAGAUCCAGCCAUGGCUUCUAUCCGUGUCUUUUUCUAAGCUCCACAAGCCAUCCCCUUGCAAAAAGCCCAACUCCUUUUCGACAAAUUUCACCCUCUCUCCAAGCUCCCCAAGAUCCGUUAAUGGCUUCCUGUUCUCUCUCUGUGCUGGCCAUUUCACAGUGAAAGGUGUCUUUUACAGUGGGGCUCUCUCAGUUUUAUUCCCUGUGAUGUGGGUGAAAGUGGGCUCUCUUGGAGAAGAGAGCCUGCCUAUAAUCUGCAACUCUGAAGGCUUUUCGAGCUUCUGAAAGCGGUUCUCUGGUUCUUUAAUGGCGCUUGUCUUGCAAAAGGACUCAAAUAAGCACAUGGAUACAAGCAAAUAUGUGAGAUAUACGCCAGAGCAAGUCGAGGCUUUGGAAAGGGUUUACAGUGAAUGCCCAAAACCGAGCUCUCUCAGAAGGCAACAACUCAUUAGGGAGUGCCCUAUACUCUCGAAUAUUGAGCCUAAACAGAUCAAAGUCUGGUUUCAGAAUAGAAGAUGCCGAGAGAAACAGCGGAAAGAAGCGUCACGUCUUCAGACGGUGAACAGGAAGCUCACGGCUAUGAACAAGUUGUUGAUGGAGGAGAAUGACCGGCUACAGAAGCAAGUUUCACAGUUAGUGUAUGAGAAUGGCUACAUGAAGCAGCAACUGCAGACUGCAUCUGUGGCCACCACAGACACUAGCUGUGAGUCAGUGGUCACGAGCGGUCAGCAUCAACAACUAAACCCAACUCCUCCCCCGCAUCCUCCUAGGGAUGCUAAUAACCCAGCUGGACUCCUGUCAAUUGCAGAGGAGACCUUGGCAGAGUUCCUUUCUAAGGCUACUGGAACUGCUGUCGACUGGGUCCAGAUGCUUGGGAUGAAGCCUGGUCCGGAUUCCAUUGGAAUCGUCGCUGUUUCCCACAAUUGUAGUGGAAUGGCAGCACGAGUCUGUGGUCUAGUGAGUCUUGAACCUGCGAAGGUUGCAGAGAUUCUCAAAGACCGCCCGUCGUGGUUCCGCGAUUGUCGUAGCCAUGAUGUUUUGACUGUGUUCCCAGCUGGAAAUGGGGGCACCAUUGAGCUGAUAUACAUGCAGACCUAUGCUCCAACAACACUGGCAGCAGCUCGCGACUUUUGGACACUCAGAUAUACCACUGGUCUAGAUGAUGGAAGUCUUGUGGUAUGUGAGAGGUCUCUUACUUCUUCAACUGGUGGUCCUUCGGGGCCAACCUCAUUGAGCUUUGUGAGAGCUGAGAUGAUGCCGAGCGGCUAUCUUAUCCGUCCAUGUGAGGGUGGAGGGUCGAUAAUUCACAUUGUAGAUCAUGUGGACUUAGAGGCAUGGAAUGUCCCUGAGGUUUUACGUCCACUGUAUGAGUCCUCCAAAAUCCUAGCGCAGAAAAUGACAUUAGCCGCAUUGCGCCACAUUCGACAAAUUGCACAUGAAGCUAGUGGUGAAGUUAAUUAUGGUGGUGGUCGUCAGCCGGCUGUACUCCGGACUUUUAGUCAGAGAUUGAGCCGAGGCUUUAAUGAUGCUGUGAAUGGUUUUGCUGAUGAUGGGUGGUCCUUGAUGAGUAGCGAUGGAGUUGAGGAUGUCACUAUCGUACUAAAUACAAACCCAAGCAAACUAUUUGCAGCCAAUGUCAAUUCAGCUGCAGCAAUAUCUACUUUCGGAGGUGGCAUAUUAUGUGCAAAAGCUUCCAUGCUUCUUCAGAAUGUUCCACCGGCUUUGCUAGUUCGCUUCCUACGAGAGCACCGCUCGGAGUGGGCUGAUAGUGGGGUUGAUGCUUAUGCGGCUUCGAGUAUGAGAACAGGGCAGUUUGUUGUUCCGGGUUCAAGAACUGGUAGUUUUCCUGGUAGUCAGGUCAUCUUACCUCUUGCGCAGACAGUUGAACAUGAAGAGUUUCUUGAAGUCAUAAGGCUGGAAGGUCACGGAUUCUCGCAAGAUGAUGCUGUUUUACCGAGAGACAUGUUUCUUUUGCAGCUUUGUAGUGGAGUUGAUGAAAAUGCAGUAGGUGCUUGUGCUCAGCUCGUGUUUGCCCCAAUUGAUGAAUCUUUUGCAGAUGAUGCUCCUCUGCUUCCUUCAGGAUUUCGUGUCAUUCCUUUGGAUUCAAAAUCAGAUGGGCCCGGUACAAAUCGAACGCUCGACUUGGCCUCUUCGAUUGAUGUUGGCUCCACUGGGUCCCGUCCUUCAGGAGAGUCAGGAGCGAAUGGCUAUACUAUGAGAUCGGUUCUUACGAUUGCUUUUCAGUUCACUUAUGAGACCCAUCUUCGAGACAACGUUGUCGCCAUGGCUCGGCAAUAUGUACGAAGUGUCAUGGCCUCUGUUCAGAGGGUUGCUAUGGCCAUUUCACCUUCGAGGAUGGGUCCCGGUCUUGGACCUCGCCCACCUCCAGGUACCCCUGAGGCGGUCACUUUGGCUAGAUGGAUAUGUCAGAGCUACAGGUUCCAUUCUGGUGUAGAACUUCUGAGGGUGGACUCUCAAGCUGGUGAUUCAUUAUUGAAGCUUCUCUGGCACCAUUCUGAUGCUAUCAUGUGCUGCUCUCUUAAGGCUUCUCCCAUCUUUAGCUUUUCGAAUCAAGCUGGGUUAGACAUGCUGGAGACCACAUUGGUGGCUCUCCAGGACAUCACCCUUGAUAAAAUACUCGAUGAGAAUGGACGCAAGGUGCUGUAUUCAGAGUUCCCCAAGAUCAUGCAACAGGGCUUUGCGUAUCUUCCUGCCGGUAUAUGUGUUUCGAGCAUGGGGAGGCCAGUUUCCUACGAGCAGGCCGUUGCAUGGAAGGUGCUCAACGAGGACGACUGCACUCACUGCCUUGCUUUCAUGUUCCUCAACUGGUCUUUUGUUUAGAUUUUUACUUUUGAAGGAAACCUUGUUAGAAACAGAGAGAGGGAGGGAGAUACUCUUCUAAAAAUAGUAUUUAUGCUUUAUAACUUAUGUGUUGAAGUUAUUUUGGAUUAUUUUGGGUAUGGAAUGGAAGGACCUGACUUAGGUUUAUUUCUGAUU